CGACACGACAUCUCUUUCAGGCAUUUCUUCGAACAGUUUCCUUGCCUUCGUCAUUUCCCCCCGCUUAGCGUGCCCACUAACCAUCGAGUUCCAGGACACCACGUUUCUCUGAACCAUUUUAUCAAACACUUCUCGAGCUUCAUCAAUCAGCCCGCUUCUCGUCAAACUUCUUAUCUUUAAAUUCAGCUCGUACACAUUUCUUCCGCUGGAAAUACUCUGCGUCCUAGCAGUGGAGGCAAAACCUCGCGGCGAUAAAUCCUCCAACGGCCUCGAAGCUCGAAGCUUUCUUCCCCUCGACAGUAAAACAACACCAUUUAAGCUUAUCCAUCGUUGAGUAAAGCUCCAUACUUCCCGUCCUCUCAUUGUUCUUCUUCUAUACACAGAGCUGGCAAAAACUGAGCGACGCGUGAAAAAGGAGACGCAGCUAAGCCAUUAUGUUAAUGCAUGUGUCGUUUCCGCCACAAUCGCACACCUUGCACGUGCUACCACACCAUCGUCGCCGGAGCAACGACCGUCGUAUUGAAAUUACAGCUCUGAGCAAGCAAGGACAGCGCUUCUUCUCUUCUCUUGCAGCCACCGCCGUCACCGGAGGAGACGAAAACCGUGUGAUAAAGAAAUUCGUCGCGGCGUCACCGAAAUCCAUUGCAUUGGAAGCGCUUUCGACUCUGCUUUCUCCCGAGUCUUCUCAUCUCCGAAUCUCGGGUCUCGCUCUGCCUCUUUACUUGAAGAUCACUGAAGCUUCAUGGUUCGAGUGGAACCCGAAGCUGGUUGCAAAUCUGGCAGCUUCGCUGGAUAAACAAGAGCAAUGCGAUGAAUCAGAGUCAUUAAUCUCCGACUCCAUUGCCAAAUUACAGAGCCGGGAAAGGGAGCUUGCUCUGUUUUACUGCGAGCUGGUCACUUCGCACUCCAAACACGGAUCGAAUCGAGGAUUUGAUUGCUCUCUAGCUCGUUUGGAUCAGCUCCUCCGCAGUUCAAGCUCCGUUUAUGUGAAGAAGCAGGGCUACAAAGCAAUGGCGAGCGGGUUAGCCGAAAUGGGCAGAGUAAAAGAAGCAGAAGAAUUGAUCGAGGAGAUGCGAGGGAAAGGAAUCAGGGCGUCACAGUUUGAGUUCAGAUGCGUACUUUAUGGGUAUGGAAGAUCCGGAAUGUUUGCAGACAUGCAGAGGAUAGUUGGGAAGAUGGAAACGGAAGGAAUCGAAGUCGACACAGUCUCUUCAAACAUGAUCCUUUCGUCCUUUGGAGCUCGCAGUGCGCUCCCUGAAAUGGCUACAUGGCUGCAAAAGAUGAGAACUUUACGAAUUCCAUGUUCAAUAAGGACUUACAAUUCAGUACUGAACUCCUGCCCGACAAUCACGUCGAUGAUGCAGAGCUCGGCCAGCUCUAAUGGCUUCCCAAUUUCCAUCCAAGAGUUGGUGAAUAAUGUGACAGAAGCAGAGGCAGUUUUGGUUGGACAACUGGUGGAAUCAGAGGUGCUGAACGAGACAAUGAACUGGAAUGCUUCAGAAGCUAAACUAGAUUUGCACGGAAUGCACUCAAGCUCGGCUUAUGUUAUAAUACUGCAGUGGAUGGAUGAGUUGAGAGAGAGAUUGAGCCGCGGCGAUGGAGUGAUUCCAGCAGAGGUGGUGGUGGUAUGUGGGUCGGGGAAGCAUAGCAGCGUUAGAGGGCAGUCACCAGUUAAACGACUGGUGAAAGAGAUUGUAGUUCGGACUGGAAGUCCGUUGAGAAUAGACAGGAAGAACACAGGUUGCUUUAUUGCUAAAGGGAAAGUAGUCAAGGAAUGGUUAUGUUAAUGCUAAUGAGAAAGGGAAAACAUCUAAUAGAACACAAGGAAUGAAAGCAUCUCCAUGAUUCAUGGCCAGGAUGUUCUGGGAGCUUUUUAGUUGGAGCCUUCUGGAGGAAUUCAAUAGCAAAUCAAUUGGAA